AUACAACUUGAACUCGUUCCUUUGAUUCAGAACAUUGUUUCUGAGUGGUUGAUAAUUUACUUCCUGGUCACCAUGCCAUUACAGUUUCAUGGGAUUGUGGACUUUAGUUGUCAACUCUCUCUGUUGCGUAUGGAGCUUGGACUGUCCCUUCUCAGACAUGGGCAGUACUAUGCUGCUGAGGUUCUUAUAUGUUUGCUUCCCAGUUUUACUCGUAUGAAGCAGCACAUCCGAGCGAGCUUCUUCGGGAGAACGAGCCUCAAAACAUUUUCAAGCUUUUUCUCAGGACACAGGAUUACCACCUCUUUGCCUAGCAAUCGCGCGCGACUCCUCUCUUCCUCUCUUCCUCUCCGCGCGACUCUCUGCGAGGCUGCGACUCCUCUUCCUCUCCGGCGAGACCGCGACUCCUCUUCCUCUCCGGCGAGCGAGACCGCGACUCCUCUUCUGACUUCUCCAUCUCCAGUCCCGACUCCCAAUCCGACGGCCACCCUCCCCCUGCUCAGCCUCUUACUUUGCUCCGGCUCCGCCUCUCCGACACUAUUACCGGCCUGUCCGGCUCUCCCUGCUCAUCUGCGCCGCCACCCUCUCCGGCUGCCCCUGCUCCUCAGCAACUCCUUCACGUCGUCGACUGCGCCGCCAGACACUGAGACACGCCGCCAGGUGCUUGAUAUGGCUUCAAAUGCCUCUGAAGCCGGAACUCCAAUUGUUAGUGGAGGUGAUGAGACUAUUGGUACUACUUCUACACCUACUGCGGGAUCUCAGUCCCAACUUCCUAAUCCCGCAAGUGAGAGUGGUAAUGGAGCUGCAGCACCUAAUGGUGCAAUGGAUAGUGGACAACCAACAAGAUCUGAUGUGGUUAAUGUUCUUGAUACAAGUGGGCUUAAAAGUGAUGUUUGGCCGCAUUUCAACAGGAUUUUGAAGAAUGGGGUUCUUAGAGCCGAAUGCAUACGAUCAUCUAACCUUUAG